UUAUGUGAUUGAAGAAUUGAAUCACUAGAUCUUUUAUUUUAGCACGCGGUUGUUGAUAUGGUGAUUGGAGUACCACAACAUAAUAUAGCUCGCAAACUAUUUACAGAAAACAACAUCACGACAAGUAUUUUAGACAAAUUUUAUAAACUAAGUUAUUCAGAUUUCAUUAAAGUAGUUCAAUAAUUUUAUAGGUGAAAAAUAGAUCAUGUUUUUUUUUUAUAAAUUUUUUUGUUAUAUAAAUACACGUUCUAGCUGCAGGAUUGUUAGAUGCUUUAAUAUUGGUUUGACCCAAAUGAAGAAACCAUGGUCCACAUUGUCCCCUACUAAUCUAUAUGAACACCUCUUCUCACCACACACACCAAACAUUCAUCACAACUCUCUAAAUCCUACUAUCUUUCUUUUCUCUCAUCACCUAAGAAUUAACCCUACCUUGCGGUCCAAGUCUCCACCGAUAAUGCAACCAGCAACCAACAUUUUCAGCCUCCAUGGUUGCCCACCUUCGUACCUCUCCCAUUUCCCUACAUCCACGCCAUUUUGCGGACAAAACCCUAAUCCAUUCUUCAGCUUCGAAAGUGGUGUGUAUACUCCACAGUUCAUGAGUUUGAGCAGCAACAACUCGACCUCAGAAGAAGGAGAAGAGAAUCUUACAGAGAUAUUCAAUGAGCGGAAGCAAAAGAGGAAGAUAUCGAACAGAGAAUCGGCCAGGAGAUCGCGUAUGAGGAAGCAGAGACAGGCAGAUGAGCUUUGGUCACAGGUGAUGUGGCUUAGGAAUGAGAAUCAUCAGUUGCUUCGUAAGCUUAACUGCGUUUUAGAGUCUCAAGAGAAGGUUAUUGAAGAGAAUGCUCAGCUCAAAGAGGAAACCUCUGAGCUUAAGCACCUGAUUAGUGAUAUGCAGCUUCAGAAUCAAAGUCCUUUCUCUGGUAUCAGAGACGACAUUGUAUAGAUGAUGUUUAAGUGGCUCUAGUAUGUAUCUAUAAAUGUAUAUCCAGAGAUGAUCUGUCUCAGAUUAAGACCAUAAAUUAGUAAAUUAGUCAAUUUUAAAAGCAGAGUUCUUUA